AUGCGCGUCUCCGUCCUGCUUGUCGGCCUGUGUGGUCUCGCGACCGCGACCGCGUUCGCGCGUAGCGUCGUUCCCCCAACCAACAGAGCUGUGAACGACGACGUCUCGAUCAUCGACAGCGGCAGCGACAACGACAGCAACAUCGAUGCGAGCACGACCCUGCCGGCCAAAGAAACGGGCUCGCACGCACACCUAGCGAUACGGGCCGAAUGGGACCUCAAGUCGGAAGCAUUGUACAUCAUUUCGCUGAACGAUUACAAGGCGGCAGGGUGGAGCUUUGGAAAUGCCGAGGAGACCUUGAUGACGGGCAUCAAAGAGCAAGGUCUCGACCCUGCCGAAGUAGCGUUCUGGUAUAAAUACCUCAAUGGAGCAACCGACUUAUUCGGCCAGGUUAAAUACCCGUCAGAUGAACUUGUUGAGAAGGCAAAGAAAGUGGUUUACGAGGCCGACCCAUCUACAGUCAAUCACGAUGACCAGCCCAGCAUCCUGACCUGCAGCGUGGAGAUCGGGUCAAGUACAACAUCAACCAGCCUUGUGUGGCAUGACCACGGCCCCGACAGCUACGAGGAGAGCCUGGCGCCAUGUCGAAGCCGGUCACUGGGCAUGAUGGAGAGAUGGAGCGAGGGGUGA